UGUUUUUCAUAGGGUCUCUCUUCCCUUGUGUGGAUUCCAGUAAACGUUUGUUCUUUGACGGCUUUAUUUUUCCUGCCUCUUCCUUCCUACGCUUCCCCCGUGUCUGUUCCAUUCUCCCAGUUGUCUGACCACAUCUUCCUGGCGCCCGCGGAGCUGCUGGGCCUUCCUGCAGUGUCCAGGAAACCGCCUCCCAGACGAAAAAGGAUUCAUGGCCAACUCUGCUCCACAGGAGGGACUCCUGUGGGUGGGGCUGUUGCUUCCUCCCAGCCUGAAGCCCCAUGGAGGGGAGGGCCCUGCCCAAGAAAGAUGGCUUCAGCUGUGUGGGCAAUGACUCAGCUCAGGGAUCCUGGUCACUGAUUGUUCAGCGCUCUCCCCAGAGCCACCAACUCAGACACUCCUUGGGUGGCUCUAGUCUGCUCUGCCCUCCCUCUGCUGGAGCCCAGGCUUCUCCCCAGCUGAAGAAGUCCCGUUGGUCACUCAGGAUGAGUUUUCUGUAGUUCGGCUGUCGUUCCAGUUUGGUCCUAGGAGGAGGUGAGCGUCGCUCCCACGCUCGGCGCCACCACCUUGGGGAUCAGUGUCCCCAUCUCCCGCGGGCCGUUGCCGUGGCUCUCAGGCGAAGCUCCACCCCUUCGGGCCCAGAACCCACUGUCACCGGUACAGAGAGAAGCACCAAGGAGCCCGGGAGGCACCAUGGCCGCGGCAGCAGCUGGACACUACUCAGAUGACCUGCACCAGAGCAUCAUCCAACGUCUGGCCGAACUGACCACAGAGGACAUACGCUGGCUCCUCUGUAACCCGUGGACUUUGGACACGGUGGUGGAGAGACUCGGGCUGGAAAGCGACGAAGCCGGCAUGCUGCACUACAUCCUGGGACAGGAGCUGAUGCGCCGCGAGGAAGGGGACCCGCCAUGGGGAUGUCUGCCGCGGGAGGAAAGAAUGUUCCUCUGGGCUUUCCCCUGGCGGAAGCACAGGCUGGAAAAGACCAUCAGGGAACUGAGAGCCAUCGCAGACGAAGCUGACUCGGCCCAUAAGACGCUCACCCAGACCAACCUGGUAGCCAGCUCUGCAGGUGCCGUGUCCGCGGCCAUGACCAUCCUGGGUGUGGCCCUGUCGCCCGUGACAGCAGGGGGCAGUCUGUUACUCUCAGUGGCUGGGCAGGGCCUGGGGGCAGCAGCUUUUGUCACCAACGUUGUGACAAAUGUCUUAGAAGACAGGAGCAAGUCGUCAGCAAGAGCCCAAGCCAGCAGACUGGUGGCUUUUCCACAGCCACCAGAGCCCGAGGCUGGCGGAGGAGUGAGUCUUUCUCCGGUCGAGACUACAUGGGAGGCUGCUCAGAGGUGUUGUGAAAUCCUCGGGAGCGUCAGGAAACUUCGCGCCUACUGGGAGGCCCGGGCCAACCCUGGCUUCAUGGCGAGGGUCAGGAAUUUUGUGACCACACGCCGUGUGCCCUUCUGGAGGGCAACAGGGGUGCAGAGAGCUGUGGGCGGGGGCUCCGCGCUAGCCAUGACCCGCGGUGCACGGGUGCUGAGGGCAGCUGGCGUAGCUGGGGCCGGCAUCUCACUCGUGCAGGAUGUGAAGAGCGUCCUGCGGGACUGGCAGCACCUGAGGGAGGGGGCGAGGACAGAGGUGGCCAUGGACCUGAGGACACAGGCCGAGGAGCUGGAGCAGGAGCUGAGCCACCUGUCCAGGCGCUACCAGCAGAUCAUUCUGAGGCAGAACAGGAGCCUGGAGGCAGGAGGUAGGAACAGAGCUGGGAGGUGGGAAGGAGAGCAAGGCUGCUGGGGUUGUGGGGACGGGGCGGCGGGGGGCGGUUUGCUAAACAGGCAGGCGCACAGAUAUGUAAUCACAUCUGCCCUUUCUCAGGGAGGGCCCUCCCAUACCCCUCACUUCAGUUAGGUCCCGGUGUUCUUUCUGGCACCCUGUGCCACCCUCCCAAAGCACCAAGCAGACAUUUCUGAAAUCAGGGGGUGUCCGCUGGGUGCUCGCUGUCUGUCCUCAUACAGAGAGCUCACCCUCCAGGCAGGCGGGCGGGCGGGUGGGCCUGCCCCCGGCAUCUGGCAGUGCCACGCGCAUCGCGGGUGUGCCCAGAUGGGUGCCAAACUUCCCGAUCGAGGCGAUCAUUUCAAAUGAGUUAGGAAAGGGCUUUUAUUUGAAAAUGAGUUUGUAUUUCUAGGCUCUCUUACUCAGAGACAUUAACUACAUCUAUUUGUAAAAAAAAAAAAAAGGAAAUGAAAACUCCCACCAGGAAAAUGAAGCAGAAUGUCAAAAUCCCACUGUAAGUCCACAGAGAGGGUGGCAUGGGACUGGGUAGCAAGGCCACUGCCUGUGACGCCGGAAAGGGGCACAGAAGACUCACGGAUCCAGUCACCCGUCUACUCAUCAGACAGGUUUUAAUUAGCGAGGCCGGUGGCGGGGCCGAGGAUUAAGGAAGUGGACCCAACCUGGUCUGCAUGUUGCAAUCGCCUGGGAAACUUCAGAGCACACUGGCGAGCGGGCGGGCUGUACGCCAGGAGCAGGCAACUGGUCUGCGGUAGGGCCCGGGCUCUGGGAGUUCUAAAGCAUCUCCCAGUAAGUCUGCUGUGGGGCAGAGUCUGGGAGCCCCCGCUUCAGGGUGUGAGUGCUUUCUUCCCUUUCUCAUCGAUAUAUGUUCACCCCGAGGGUUCCCUUUCUGACUUCAGAGUACGCAGGGGCAGGUUUGGGGGUGAAGUGUGAGACACUCGGGCUGCUAUGCUGAGGGGUCUGGCCUGCCUCUUCCUUGCCUGUCUUGGAGCAGAAGCUUAGACCGGGUGCAGGCGGGGCCCCUAAGGCCUCCUGAGGAAACAGUCUCUGCCCAAAUGGUACUUGGGACAGACUCCAGAGACACCAUUAAUGAGGAGGAGGGGUAGGUGGUGUGAGGGAGACAGGGCGCUGGGGGAGCCUCUAACAGGUGCCCUUACACCCGAGGUGGGGGGCUGUGUGGGGAGGGGGGCCCCCCACGUGGUGAGGGAAGCUGGUGUCUUCCAUCUCUGCUCUGUGGACAUUCAUUCUGGGCUGGUGUCCUCGCCAGUCACCUCACCGGUCCUUCUGCACGCUGACCGUGUGCCCUUCCAGCUGGAGGGGCCAUCCAUUCAGCUCUUCAGAGCACAAGCGUCACCGAGCACAGUAGCGCCGGGCAGCCUGCCAGGCCUCGCUGUGGGCCAGCCCGGCAGGUGGAGGGCCACCUUGCUCCGCCCUGCCCUGCCCCACGGGAGCUGGGAACCUGCCACGGGCCCCCAGCUCCGCUGCGGAAGUGACUGCCUCCUUGUCCUUCUCACCCCUGUUGGUGGGGCUGUCUCCACGGACCCUGGUUCAGCAGAGGCAAACUGACACCUUCAGCUACGAAAACCCCAGGUGGGAUCACUUCUGCUUGUCACGAGGCACCGAGCCAGGGGGCCAGGAGACCUGCCGCCGUUUGCCACCACCCCCGGGGACUCCAGAGGUGCCGGGGACCCGGCCGGAUGUACAAGAGAUCAGGUUCUCUGUGUGGACACAUAGGGUUAGAUUCCAAGACCUAAAUAUUCGUGUAAAUUUCAACUGGGGCUGAGAGACAUGGAGAAUGUGUGUAUUUUCCAAAGUGUAUGUAAUUACACAGUACAACGAUAAGUAAGUGGGAAAACCCCCUUUAUUUCAUGACACACGAUGCUCUACACCCCCCCUCCCCUUCUCACCCGGCCCCCACCCCAUCCGUCAUGGCAGUCCCACCGUGCACGGGGUCGUUGUCAUGGAGUCUGCCGCCCGAGCCUGGACCCGGUCUAUGUCCCCAGUGCGCAGUGCCGGGAAACGGCAGCGAUUUGAGAAAACGUGUCCCUGAGAGAAAGUGGUCCCCUUUAUAGCAGCAGAACGUGGACCUGAAGAAUGGGACACCGGGAAAACGCCGCAGCACCAGGAGACUGGUUAAACACACUGUUCGCCCGCUUAAGAGACUGUUAGGUAGCUAUCAAAUGAUGCUUUCAGAGUGAAUAGUUGGAUUAACAUGCAAAAUGCUGUUCUGUCCUGUUAAACGAGAAGAGCAGAAUGAAACUUGUAUAUACACUUUCUCACCUUUUACCUGACAAGGGGAAGCGAACCUGUGUGUGGUAGACACACACACACACACACCCCACCCCCCGCUAGGAAACAGCAGCAGGGCCGCCCAGUGGCCGGCUUUACUUAGAGGGAAUUUUGGUUACUUCCUUCUUUCUGCCUUUCUGUACUUUUCAAGUUUUCUAGUAUGUGAAUUACUGUUUUAUAAAAUGGAAAGAAUACAUAAUAAAUGUUUACAUCAAAAUUAAAGAAUUUUU